GGACGUAUUCCUCUUCCAUGCUGCUCAAAACAACAUAUUAAAAAUCGAAUUUUUUUCAAAACAGAGGCAUCGCUUUUCAAUCGCUUCUACUCCCACAAUUAUAAAAGGAAUUUGGAUUGUCGGUGCUCAUAAGGAAGAGGACAAGAAGGAUUUUAGAGUAGCCAGAAAUCACUUCUUCAAAGACUUUCUGUGCCAUUUCUCAAUUUUGCAGUGACAAAAGAAGUGAUCAAUCCAUUUGCAUUCCUUUCUAAAGGGUCAAAUCUUGCAAACAAAAUCAUCUCAACUCUGUCCAUCGCAUAUUUCCAUAGUCUGGAACAUCCAUUCUCUCUUUCAAUAUGUCAAUAAAACCGCCUUCCAAGUCUGUAUUUGUUGGAAAUAUUCCUUAUGGUCUCACCGAGGAACAGAUAAUAGAUAUCUUCAGCAGCGCGGGAAAUGUUGUCAAUUUUCGGCUUGUCUAUGAUCGCGAAACAGGUAGACCCAAAGGCUUCGGUUUCGCAGAAUAUCCCGAUUCAGAUUCUGCAGCUUCUGCGGUAAGGAAUUUAAACGACUACGAAAUUAUGAAUCGAAAAUUGCGCGUUGAUUUCUCAAAUGAUGGUGGCGAGGAAGAGAAUUCUGCGCCAACCUAUCAACCCCCCCCUCUCAAUACAAACGGCCUUCCAGUUCCACCUCCAUCCCUACCAAUUCCUCCAGCCUCGAACACCUCCCCAUUGCCGCCUCUACCAAUAGGCAUCGAUUUACCCCAAGGUCUCACCUGUCCUGACGCUAUCUCUCGCACCCUCAACACUCUCCCUCCAUCCCAACUUCUUGACGUCCUCUCCCAAAUGAAGACUCUUGCCUCAACCGAUCCCCAAAAGGCGACCGAACUCCUCCAUCAAGCCCCCCAACUCUCCUACGCCGUUUUCCAGGCCCUACUUCUGAUGGGUCUCGUUCAACCCGAAGCCCUCUCAUCCGUUAUCGAGUCAUCAGUCGCAGCACCAGUAUCUGCUCCCCCUGUCUCAAGCAUUCCUCCACCAGUUGCGGCUAUCCCUCAAUAUGGAAAUUCCGCAUACCCAUCUGGAUACCCACCCCCUCCUCCACACAUGUCAGGCCAAAUGGGUUUGCCAAUGAUGGGUACUCCACCAGUACAAGGCUAUGCGCCACCUCCACAACAAAGACAAGCCCCUCCACCACCAGCUCAAGUAGCGGAACCAGAUGCAGAUGCGUUGAUGGCGCAAGUUAUGGCUAUGCCACAGGAAUUGAUCGAUAGUUUGCCACCAGCUGAUAGGGCACAAUUGAUGGCGCUGAGAGCCCAGUUUCGUGGAUAAGUCUACGGGGUGAGUGAAAGAGAAAUGGUUCAAUUAAGGGCGUAAUUCUCAUGAUUUUUCACCUUAUGCUUCCUCGAUAUUUUCUGGUUCGGGGGUCAGGCGUUGAUAUGUAGUUAGCAAAGGAACCAAUUAAGUAGAUCAAUCA